GUGAAAGAACAUACAGCAGACAGAGAGAGUUGAUGCCCGCGUUCGCGUGUUUACCGCGAAUCCUUACUUCAAAUUCUAUCAUUGCGGUGAUUGAUACUUGAGCGAGCAGGAUUUCAUUUAUAAACUAGUUUGGAAUAUGUCGUUCGCAAUGUCACUUGAAAAUAGUUGUGUCUGUCGCUAGAGACAAGGAAAUAUCGAGCGUCGUUUUUCUUGUUUUCACCGAAGAGCGGCUUUUGUUUACGAAGAGGAGGGGUGACUUCCACGACCGACGAGGAUUCACAGGCAGAUGUUACCUGCCAGCCAGUUUCCCGCGCGACGCACGUGAGAACAGUGAGUGGGGAGUGUAGUGUAGCAUACACGAAACUUCUGUGAUCUAUAGUUUCGAAAAGAUGUGAUGCGUAGUAAAUCGGUGAAACGUCAACACGGGAAAACGUGCAUAGACAGAAACGGUUUGUUUUCUGUGGAGAAUUAAAAGAAACGACACUAAUAUGCUUCUGAUUCAGAAGCAUUUAAUCGAGCGCAAGAAGAGGUAGUCGAAUAGGUAUUUGUCAUUAAAUUUUGCUCCAAGAAAUUAUGGAAAUGGAUUCGAUGAAAAGUAUAAACAUCGGCGAGACGCCUCACAGCACGAUAAAUUCGAGCAGCCGUAGUUCACAUGACAGUGUCGACAGUGGUUAUUUUACACUUACACCACAUUCUGGUGCAUACACGCCGAUACUCGCAGGAUGCAGAUCCAGAGUGUCAUGCAUUUCGUCAAAGCGGCACCACAGAAUCAGAUUAGAUCCUCUUCAAUCGGAACGGGCUCAAAGACAUCGAUCAAAAUUAAAUCACCUUUUAAAUGCUUCCGAGUCGGAUUAUUUGAUAUCCGAGAGCUCGCGAAGGGAAAAUGUGACAGAAGAUCAGUCGAGUUUGAGUGACAAUCAUCAGAGUUUGUCGUUUGAACAUUCAAGUGCUGAAUUAAUAAAUCAAAGUACAGGAUGUGGCGAGUUUGAUGUGAAUUUUCGGGGUAGAACACGUCGUACCUGGAGGACGACGGUUCCUAUAACACCGGCUUCGACAAGGUUGCAACUUCUUUCACCGCCACCGUCGCCAGCGGUACCUUCCUCUUCGUUCGUCGCCUCCGAACCUAUUGAAGAAGAUGUUGAAAUGAAGCUAGUCAUCGUGUCGCAAAGCACACCCCAAAUACAAAUUUCACCUAGACACAAGACACCACCACCGCCGGUUCCACGUGUUGUUAUCUCGCCAGCCUGUAGAAGAGGUAGUCCUGCAAUUAGUUCGGUAGAAAAUCAAAAACUAAACCAGCUCUCUAUCACAGAUCUUGCUGUCAUAGCUGAGAUCAAGCCAAAGAGGUUGGACUUCAGUCAUAGUGCCUUAUCCGCUGUAUUGCGCCGUACUAGAGCUACUCCAGAUUAUACUGGCAGAGAAACAGUGGAUAUACUAUCACUUUUAGGUGACAAGAGUAACCACUGGAGGAUAGUGUCUAAGAUAUUGUCCCAUCUUGCACCUCAGGAUCUGUGUUCAGUUAGUAUGGUAUCCAAAACUUGGAGGAGGAUCUGCGUCAGUGAUUCUAGAGCCAACACGAGAAGGCUGACCCAUAUAAUACUCAGGCAGAAUGCUAAAGAAAAUUUGAAAUUAAUCAAGAAGUCGAAGAUGGAAGGAGAUAUACAGUCCAGUCCUAAAAGCAGAUAUGCAAGGAAGGGCUACCUGUUGGAAGUACAGAAUCUUCUUCAUGUACAGAAGAAUCAGCGGCCACCCAAUAGUCCACCUGUUUCUCCCAGCAAAGUAAAAUUCCAUUCUUUUGUCAAGGCUAGUCGUACACUUGCGCCCUGGGAGCAUUUGUUACCCUGUCCAAAGUGUUCGUUCCCCUGUCACGUGGAUGGCGAGAAGAACGUGGGAACGUGUUCGAGACAAGGUUGCUUGAUGGAAUUUUGCACCUCGUGUUCGUCGAGGCCGCACACAGGCCCCUGUAAAACACCCCUGUUAGCCACGCCGACCAAGAGGAGCAAACGUCUAGUUGUCGGCUCGAGACAGAGCAAGCGGAACCUCAGACGAUUAUAAGCAUGUUUUCCUCGAGCAACGUCGAAAAAACUGUCACAACGAGUUUAUUUCAAC